CAAGAAGAGAAGGACACGCGCACACCCGCCGCGCGGCCGCCGUCGAAUAAAACCCCGCGGCGCACUCGAAGCCAAGCAGCAGGCAAUCGAGACAGACGGCAGCGGCGCCUCCCCUUCCUCCGGCCUUUCCUUGCUCCGUUAAUUCCGUCCAGAUAAUACCUGAGUUGCUGCUGCUGAAAUGGGUAGCACUGGAGACCCAACGCCUGUGCAGGCACCGGUUUGCUCAAUCGUGAAUGAAGGACCAGCCCCUGCCACUGACUCGAAGCCAAAGAAGAAGAUAUGCUGCGCUUGCCCUGAUACCAAGAGGCUGAGAGAUGAGUGCAUCGUUGAGCACGGGGAGUCCGCAUGCACCAAGUGGAUAGAAGCUCACAAGCGAUGCCUCCGAGCUGAGGGGUUUAAGGUCUGAUCCUUCUCUAGUCCCCUGAGGCUGAGGUCUGAGGAUGUUACAUUUGCUUUCAUAGAAGUUACAAAACAUGAGAUUUUCCCGUUAAAAAAAAGGAGAUUUCGUAUGCAAUUGUGCCACUGAGUCUAAGAUUCAUAGUCUAGUGACCUUGUUUUUGCAUGCUGUCCUUGAAUGGUUAGCAAGGUCAAUACCUAACUUAAUGAGAAAUAAAUAAUUGAUGAGUGUGACUUUAUGGUUAA